UGUGUCAACAUAAACUAACGCGAGGGGUCUCUUCGGUUUUCAGACGACGAUGAGGCGAGGCGAGUGUGUGUCAUUACCUAGGCUUCUCCUGGCAGCCGUGCUAGGUGCCCAGCUAUGCAGUGCCCUAACGCUGUCCACCUACUUUGGUCCCGAAGACAAAGCUCGCCUCAAGAGCCUCUUCACAUCACCCAAGGCCCUGGCAGACUUGCCAUCAGCACACUAUGCAGCUUAUGGGUUGAGCCUUCUGGGUGAGAAGAUCACAAACCCCCAGGAUUACUGCAAAGUUUUGAAAACUGUUGAUCAGAAGAACCUCGAAGCGCUCUACCAUGCAGCGUCUGGAAGCAAAGCUCUCGGGAACUGCCCACUUGACGUUCCGGAGGGCAAGGCAACACUGCAGGCUGCUUUGAAAGAGGACUCGUCUGUGGCGCAGCUUUAUCACGCUGUUCUGGCCCUCAAGGCUCUCGGCGUAUCAGUGGACUCUGCUAAGGUCAGCCAGCUGCUGCUUGCCGCCCUGAAGAAAGAUGACAACAUGGUCAACUUGGGCUAUGCCUUCCACGUGGCUUCAGUCUUGGGUGGGAACCUGGCCCCCUUCACUGACCGCAUUGAGGACGCUGUCGUGCAGGCAGAUGAAGUUGGCAGUGAACUGCUUCAGUUUGAGGGAGGCCUCAGUGUCACUGCUACGAUCCUGAGCGGCGUGUACCGGCUUGCGGAAGCUGCCAAGAAGGCUCCAACAGUCACUAAGGAACAAGUGCUCAAGUUUGCUAACUACCUACUGUCUCGCAAGAACGUCCAGCCAGUCAAGGGAGCGGCCCUUUUGUAUGAUGUGCUCAAGCUCCUUGCAACAAACUCGUACCACGUUCCCGUGGCAACAAGUGUCUCUGGCUCUAAUGCCCUGAGCAAGGCUACACCCACAGUUGUUGUGCAAGUGACAGAUGUCCUGGGCUCGUCCCUGGGUCCCCUCUCUGUGGUGCUGAACAAGGCCGUCCGGCUGGUUGACAGCCAAGUAGUGAUUGAGAGGAAGCCUUUUGCUCCAGCCAAGGAGGACCCUUCCCUGUACGUAUUCAACUUUGUGUCGAAAAAGCCACGUCGCGGAUUCUACCACCUCUCCCUGAAUGCUGUUCCUGUCAAGGCUGAUGACCGCCUUGUUGGAAACACCGAUGCCGAGAUCAGCGUGAAAGUGCUGACAGAUGUCGAAGUGGUUGGACUUGAGAUCGGCACUGCUGACCGGGACCAGACAGCUGCUCCAAAAAUGACUCCAGUGGCUUUCCGUAGCAAGAUGAGCGAGGUUGUGGAGGCAGACCACCACCAGAAACUGGUGAUGAAGUUCUCGCUCAAGGACGUCUCCAACGGGGACAUCAUGUCGGCACACCAGGCCUUUGUGCACCUCUACCACGUGGAGACCAAGCGCGAGAUAGUCUUCCUGGCAGAGCCAGACACUAGCGUUGUCUACCGCUUUGACCUGGACUUGUUCCAGAAGGCAAAGGACAUGGGCUACCUCUCUGGGAAGUAUGACCUGUCGCUCAUUAUUGGUGAUGCUGUGAUAGCCAACCCCUUCAAGUGGCACCUGGCUUCUCUGCAGCUGAGCCUUCCGCCGAACCCAACACCCCCAAAACCUGCUGUCGACGUGCAUGCUCCAAAGCCUGAAAUCAAGCAUCUGUUCAGGGAGCAGGAGAAGCGUCCGCCAGUGUUCCUCUCCAACGCAUUUUGCGGCCUGGUCCUGGCUCCCCUGCUGCUGCUGAUUGUGUUGUGGGCACGAAUUGGAGUGAACUUGUCCAACUUCCCCUUCAGUCUCAGCACCAUCGUGUUCCACCUGGGCUUAGGAGCCAUCUUCGGCCUGUUCGGCUGCUUCUGGCUACAGCUGAACAUGUUCACAACGCUGAAGUAUUUGGCCGGGCUGGGUGCAGUGACCUUCAUAUCGGGCCACGGCAUGCUCACACGGCUCACGCAGAAGAAGUAAAGCAAGGUCAUCUUGAAUGGAAGUCAUCUGAAGCAAGGGACAGGGAAGGCAUCAUUCCUUUUUUUUUCUUACAUACUUUAACUGUUUGUGUGCUGGUCUGUGUGCAGGUGGGGACUACAGAGUUGCAUGUGUCGUGUGGAAGGACAUUUUUCAUUCCAUGGGUCUCUGUUUCACGAGUGUAUGGCGGCGCUAUUUCCUUGUUGUUUUGUAUAGUAUGGAGACUGACAGUGCUUCAUUGCUGGAAUUCUGUGGCAACUGCUCUUGUUUUUGCUCUUGUAUUUCAUUGUGUCAGCAGCUGCUUAGUAAACUGAUUGAAAGCUCUUUUUUUUUUAUGCACCCAGUUCCUGUCUGCCAUGUUGGAGAUAUGUAAUAAAGAUUUCUUUUUCAGACAGUGAAA